AUGCUGAACAACAAAAAGACCGGCGCCGAGGAGGAGGCGGGCAUGUCGAUGCGCCAACGCCUGCGGCAGCGACGCGAGCUCGAGGAGAAGCGCAAGUUCGGCCUCGCCCCGCUCGCCGUGGACGCGCUGACGGGAAGCGAGAUCAGCCCCAACGUGCCGCAGCUCAUCUCGCAGGCGCCGUGGUACUACGGUGCCACCGGCCCCACGCUUGACCAUCAGCGGCAGAAACACACCGAUGCGAUGGACACGCUGCAAGACCAGCACGACACCGUCGUCGUGCUCGGCAAGGCGACGACGUACGCGGCGGGGGCGUGCGGCAACUGCGGCGCUACGACGCACAAGACGAAUGAGUGCUACAAGCCGCGCAGAAAGGUGGGCGCGAUGUACGGCGGCAAAGUCACGGGCGUGGACGUGCACGUGGAGCGGGCCGAGAAGAGUUACGCACAGAAGCGUGACCGCUACGCGACUGGCGCCGGCGUCGAUCUGCUGCAGCAGGCCUCACAAGAGGCGGAGGAGGAGACAGGAGCUGAUGGGGUUGGCGACAACAACAGCAGCGGGGCGAAGCGGCCGCGGCUGCAAGAUGUAUUCACGGCACAGACCGCCGUGACGAGCGGCAGCGGCGGCGGCGGCGGCGCCGGCGUAGAGAUAAAGGAGCUGCCGAAGCACCUGCAGAACCUCGACAACGACGGCGUGCUGUUCGACCCCAAGACAGGAUCGAUGCGUGGCAACCCCAAUGAGGCGGACCUUACACGCACGUUUCAAGGUGAUCUGCAGCGCUACCGCUCAGGGGACUACUACACGUACCUCGAGAUGCAGCUGCGCUUCCUGAAGGGCGAGUCCGCCUCCAUCGUCGACUUCAGGCUGGACGAGCAGCUGCAGAAGCAAAGGAAGCAGCAGCAGCGGCAGGUGGACAAGGGUGGAAGCAGCGGUGACGGCGGUGAUCCCGAGGCGACGGUGCGGGAGCGGUUGGUCCGCUCACUCUACGGCGAGUCGACGCUCGCCUCGGCGGAGAGUUCGCUGCGCAUGAAGGAGGCACUCGCCGCUGCUGCUUCCGCUGCGCCG